UCCCAUACCCAACAAUAAAGAGUCAAAUAAGAACACGAAACGUAGGGUACGGGAUUGGUCGUGUAGUUAAAGCGGUCGACUGUGGAUCCGAGGAUCGUGGGUUCGAACCCCGGUGCCUUAUUUUUCGUUUAGACUCCUACAUUAAUAACUUUAUUUAUCUGUAAAAAUAAAAAAUACUGACAGCGCAAGGAAAUUUUUACUCACACGGGUGAAACCCGACAUAUCUAUUGUAGUACGUCCCUGAGAAACAACGUCGCGCGUACGAUCGCCGGCUCAGCCGUCGAGCCUAGACCGGUAGUGGGGAUGCAGGAGGUGGUGCUUCAGGAAUCGGGCCGAAAUGUACAAGUAAUUCCGAGCACUGACUAUACAGUAUACAAAUACGAGUACCAGCGAACGAUCAACUUCAAUUCUAGAGAUGGUGGUCUUCAUUGUGUACAUAUUUGCGCACAACACGGGUACUUGUCGCGCGUUGAAAAUGUUUUCGUUUUAAUGAACUGAAUGUUUACUGACCGCUGUUCGCGAGCGAGGGUACGAAAAAGGCAGUUGCAAAAAUAAACAAGGAUUCAUUGUGUGUCUGCGUAAACUCAUUUCCAUUCUAUUUACGUUCGAGGACGAAUGUUCUAAUAACCCUUAGACGGCCGCGCGGGGGUUCAUUUAGAAGCCCCCUCGUUAUUUCGUUGACAACUUGUUGACUUCAUUGAAUUAAUACUUGGCGUUUUAGGUAACCCUUUCUUUUAACCUGUUCGAUCCUACGCCGUGGUUACAAGUUUUUUAAGUUAUCGACUGAAAUUGAAUAACCGAAUAAUCGAUUCGACUAAGGAUUAAUCGAGUGGUGAUUUUAUAUACAGGGUGUUAAAAAAAAAAAAAAUCAUUCAAUAUUUGUAUGGUGUAUAGGGCACACUGUGCUGACAAGGAGAGUGCAAGACCUUCAACUAACCAAUUACGAACUUUUCAAUCUUUUUUCAAUUUUUUUUUUCUGACGUCCGAUUGAGUCGCGCAAGACGCAAUUUUAAAGGAGAUAGCUGAUGACGGAGGUGGUUCUACACGGUUUCGAGUACCUGCUCUGUUCCUGUCGCUAUUGCUACUCGGAUGGACAGACCGCGUGUCGAGUGGUGAUUGCGGUCUGGCCGAGUUAACCUGCAGGGAUGGACAUUGUCUACCGAUAGACGCGUUCUGCAACGGGCAAGAUGAUUGCGGAGAUAACAGCGACGAGCCACCGAUGUGUACUCCCUGUAAUCGGACGUAUUACGGCCGAGAGGGUCGCACGUACAAGCUGGAUCUUCCUAGACCCGCAGAGGAACGUCUGCCUUUCUUCUGUCAUUUAACGUUCACCGCUGCUGGCCAGGGGUACGGAGAGCUGGUGCAACUGUUGUGGGACGCAUUCAGCGUAGGUAGAGUAGAUCCUAACACGGACAGCUUUCUCGCGAGCUGCCCGGAAGGUUCGUUACAGUUAGCGGAAUUAGGUAGACAUUUCACCGGUGGUUCGUGGUGCGGAGUCGGAGAAGGGACAGCUUCUUAUUACAGCGAGACCAGUGCCGUCACUGCUUCCAUACGACUGUUUCACGCGCCCCCCAUGGUACCGUUCGACUUCCGUUUACGCUACAGAUUCGUAGCACGGAACGAAGCCGUGGCCAGGUUAGGGAAACCAGAACUUCCGAUCGAACGGGGCUCCCCGGUGCCGGGCACGUACUGCUCGAGAGACUUCGACGAAUGCCACCUGAAUCAGUGCAGGUUGCAGAGCCCGAAUUAUCCCGGGGAGUACCCGAGGAACGCGAGCUGCAUGAUCACUAUAAGGCAGCAAGAGGUGCCCACGUGCAAGCACGCGAUGAUUUCCGUGAAAUCCACGCCAGCUGGACCAGCUGGUAUAACUACCACUAAUAGUACUUUAAGCGUAUGGCAAGACUGUCCUCCGGAGAAGGAUCGUCUAAUCUUCCACGACGGCGUUCGCACGGACGAUCCGAUUUUGUUGAUAUAUUGCGGAGGGCCUUUACCACGGAUCACUGCCAGAGGUCCAACGAUGCAGGUGGAGUUCAGAAGUUCCCCUAUACCCAUUCCUCUCGGUGCUUCCGCUUUGCGUAUCGAACUCGAGAUACAGGUGGUAUACGUCGAUUCCGACGGGCUCGAUUACGCAAAGAGCCCUCAGGGCUGUCACUUUUUUGUAAAUGGUACUAAUAAGAGGAGCGGCACGCUACGGGCACCGCUUCACGCACUGCCGCCCAACUCCAGCUGCACGUGGAACAUCAAGGGAUCUUCCGGGGACAGAGUGUGGAUUUAUUUUUCCUCGUAUUCUCAGAGAGAUCUGACGGGUAGCGUCGAGAACAACGCCAGCUCGCAGUCGGACGUAAAGAAUUGCGCGGUGAAAUUAAUAUUUUGGGACGGCACGCCGACUACCGGAUUGCCGAUGGCCACGCUUUGCGACGACACGCCCAAGCUGUGCGCUCACGCGGCGCUCAGGAACGUUACAAGAAGCACGAGACCGUGCAAAGAUGAAGAAAGUUACAUCACGGUUGCGCCGUCCCUGACGUUGCGUAUGGAAACGAUGUUUGGUACUGCUCUUCACACCGUUAAUUUUAAUGCACAAUACGAAUUUAUCUCGACCGUUCAAGUCGGCGAGCCUUGGGGCGACGGUGUCUGCAGCAGGGUCUGGCGUAAGGUACGAAGCGGCGAGAUCACGACACCACGGGAUGUCCGACUGUUCGGCAGAGGUGGAUCCUCGAAGUUGGAGUGCAGAUAUCGAAUCGAGGCGGGCGUCGACGAAAGAGUCAGGCUGACGUUGCAUAACGUCAGCUUGGGAGAGUCGACCGUUUGCACGAGCGAACCGGAUCCUCAUACGGGGCGACCACGUUGUGUUCAGGAAGUGGGCUCUAGAGAGGCUCGUUUAGUUUUAUACGAAGCUCCUUGGUGGGACGUGAGGCUUCCCAGAGCUUGUUUAUGUGAUAACACGUCUCAUCUUCCAUUGACGCACAUUUCCUCGAGCAGGGCUCUGGAAAUUACAUUUCUGGUCGACCAGCAAGCGCCGUACGAAGACUUCGAAACGCUUUUCUUUUACGCCAGCUUCGAGCUCGUAAGGGCACCCGAGUGCCCCAGGAAGCAGAGAGUACGCGGAGAAGGUGGCGAGUUACGAUUCGUCGCGCCUCCAUUAUCCAGACCAGACAUCUAUUGCGAAGGACUUCCCUGGUUGGUGGAGGCACGCGAGAACAGAUCUCUAUUCGUGUUAACCUGGGGUUGGUUUCUCCCUCUCGAACCGUUACCAGUAACGGAGAUGAACGAGCAAGUAAAGUGCCCGACUACCAACAGAAUCCUCCUUUACUCUGGUUGGCCGCCGAAACUGUUGAAGGUGGUGUGCCCCGCGGAACCGGGCUCGAGGGAGUUCACUGUUCACGUUUUCUCCGAAGAGUGGUUGGUAGGAGCCGACGAAGGGAAAUGGCCAGGGCCACCUAGGCCUCCGGCGCUUCUGUUGGACUUCGUCGCGAGGGAAUCUGGCCAGGCUGCAGCCUCGUGGCUCGAAAUCUCCAAGAGCAGAGCCGCGCUGCGCAGACAGUUACGUUUACCCGAGAGGGAAGUAGAAAGCGAAACCUCGAUCCACAAGGACUGCCCUCACAAAUGUCCUGAACUGAGUGCCUGUAUCGCUGCGAGUCUGUGGUGCGACGGAAGAGCUCAUUGCCCGUCUGGACACGACGAGGCGGAUUGCGGUAACGGCGCCAAAUUACUGGGACUUCUUCCUUCGGAGAUAUGGCUCGUCCUGGCGGGCGUUGCUGGAAUUAUCGCUGCCUUCGCGUGCUUUUUCGCUGUGCUCAUCAGCAGGUCGAAGACGAGUACAAAGGGACUUCACUAUAAAGGUACAAAGAAAAGCAAUAGACCGAGACGGGCGCCAACAGAAGAGACACUUCUCGGUGCAGCAUCCUGACAACAACAACCCGGUUUCGUGGAAUAUAUUCACGUGGACCGGGAAACAACUGUUUAGCAAUAUUUCUAUGUGCUUCACCGUCCACUAACUUAACACUGUCCCCAGGUAUCACAAUCCACCUUCAAGUACUUUCUUUUCUAGUCCACGGUAAUUAUGUUUCUUUAUUCCCAUCUUUUAGACACCGUUAUCACUAUACACCUUGCUAGGAUCCAUACUAAUUACCAUUCCAUUAGAACGACGAUCUUAUUAACGAUAUACAGCCAUGUUCUGUUCCUUCGAACAAGAAGGAACGCAACCUUUGUUUCCUUUGUUUAAGAUAUGGACACAUAAAGCAGUAGCGAUAUCGCUGUUUUUAUUAAUAUUCUACUAUCAUAUGCAGACUGUAUCGAAAUAUAUAGGACCCACUCGAGCGGUGGAUUACAGAUACAAGAACAAUGAAACAAUUCGAU